AUGAGCCCAGUGAGGAGAGGCAGUGGAGGUUAUGGGAGUGAGAGGAUGAGGAUCAACUGCUGCAGCAUCAGACGCAACAAGGCACUGAGGAGGAUGUGUUUCAGUGCAAGGGGUGCUGUGAGCAGCACCCAGUGUGUGCUCACAUCAGAUGCUGGCCCAGACACUCUUGUUCCUAUUGGAGGAUGUUACAGGCUUAUUGAUAUCCCCAUGAACAACUGUUUCAACAGUGGCAUAAACAAGAUAUUUGUUAUGACUCAGUUCAACUCAGCUUCUCUUAACCGUCACAUUCAUCGUACCUAUCUUGGUGGGGGGAUCAACUUCACUGAUGGAUCUGUUGAGGUGCUGGCUGCAACACAAAUGCCUGGGGAGGCUGCUGGUUGGUUCCAGGGCACAGCAGACGCCGUUAGAAAAUUUAUCUGGGUACUUGAGGAUUAUUACAAGCAUAAAGCUAUAGAACACAUUUUGAUUUUGUCAGGAGAUCAACUCUAUCGUAUGGAUUACAUGGAGCUUGUGCAGGUUGGUGAUCCGCUCAAACAAAAGGAAUGGUGGAUAGGAUUAAGAUGUGUGUAG